GCAGCGGCUUCAAGUUUGCACUGCUCAUGUGUCAGGCGCUCCAGAAACCUACUAAUUUUGACCCUUGGCAGCUGCUGUGGCCAGCUUGCAUUUGUGAUUUAGUGUGUUUGCUCUGCUGCUUGCUGGAGCGCGGUGAAGGCAAAGGAGACGUGUUGCAAGAUGUUGGUGCUCAUAAUAGGAGACCUCCACAUCCCACACCGAUGCAACAGCCUCCCAGCCAAGUUCAAGAAGCUCCUGGUUCCGGGGAAGAUCCAGCACAUCCUAUGCACUGGGAAUCUCUGUACGAAGGAGACCUACGAUUACCUAAGGACGUUGGCCGGGGAUGUUCAUGUGGUCAGAGGGGACUUUGAUGAGGGUAUGAGUUACCCACAGCAAAAAAUAGUCAUGGUUGGGCAGUUUAGGAUUGGCCUCAUCCAUGGCCAUCAAGUUAUUCCUUGGGGCGAUCUGGCCAGUUUGGCGAUUCUGCGGAGGCAGCUUGAUGUGGACAUCUUAAUUUCAGGGCAUACACACAAAUUUGAGGCAUUGGAGUAUGAAAAUAAGUUCUACAUCAAUCCAGGAUCAGCCACGGGAGCCUACAAUGCCAUAGAAAGAAAUAUCAUUCCUUCAUUUGUACUGAUGGAUAUCCAGUCCUCCACAGUUGUAACGUAUGUGUACCAACUCAUCGGAGAGGAUGUGAAGGUGGAAAGAAUUGAAUUCAAGAAGUCUUAAAUCAACCUGUCUUUUUCUCAGAGCUUUUUUGCAACUAACUGAUUUAACCUCUUAGAGAAGCCAUGUAAACCCUUAAAUGCCCGCAGUACAUUACUGGAAUAUUUCAACAAGAAUUUUGUACCUGAGUUGAAAAUCAUGGGAGCAAUAAACCUGUUGCAAAAUGAA